UGCUUUUCCACCACGCCGUCACUGCACGCCAAGAACCGCAUUUGGCCAGCACGCGUCCGCAACGAAAGCGAUCUCCAUUCCCUGAUCCUGAGCAGCGCAAGCACACGCGUGCCAUUGCUGACGCUAUGGAUGACCACCUGGAGCCGGGAGUCCGAUGAAGUCUCUCCAAUCUUGCGAGAGCUCGUUGAGAAAGACGGCGUCGGGGAAAGCAAAGGCGCAGUUUCCUUUGUGGAGGUUGAGAUGGAUAGCCCAGAUCUAGGUGGAAUUUCUGGCGUUGCCCAGAGAUAUGGAAUCAACCAAAUCCCUACGCUGCUCGCGUUCGAUCGCCAAGAGCCUCAGAUUGAGACGAAGGUGUCGAAUCUUGAGGAUUUGAAGGACAGGGAGUUUUUGACGAGAUGGAUCGAGACCGAGGCUGCUAGGCAUGGCUCUGGCGGUGCAGGAGGU